AGUCCUUCAGAGUUGACACUUGUCUCGGGAGGCGCCGUGAGAACAGAAUCUUUCCCCGCUCAGGCUGCAUCUCCGCCGGGCUCAGACCUCACCCGCCCCGGGCCCCGUGUCUCCGGCUCCGGGAGCACAUGGACCCGGCUUUGGGACUUUAGACCCGGGUUUGGGACUUUUCUUGACCGGAAUCAGGCGCCUGUACUCGGCUCAGCUCCUCGGGAUGAUCCGCUCCGCCGCCCGAAUCUGGAUUUGAGCCAAAAUGUCGCGGGUUUUGUGUCUUUUUCUGUUUUUUCUGCUCGGACCAGACUCUGCUAAAGCCUCGGGUGUGGUGUUCUCUCGGCAGCCGCAGAAUCACACGGUGACCCAGGGGAAUGGCGUGCGUUUGGGCUGUGCUGUUCUGGGUCUGUCGGAACCCGACAUCGUGUGGAGGAAAGACCAGACCCGGAUCUACUCCACAGACCAGAUGUUCCUCAGUCUCGGAGAACUGCACUGGGAGACCUUCUACAGUGUGCGGUCUGUGCAGCAACAGGAUGGGGGCAGGUACUGGUGUGAGGUGGAGUCAGACGGACAGGUGUACUCCUCUGAACCUGCCUGGAUCACCGUGGAAGGAGUCCCUCACUUCACAUCAGAACCUGUGGAUCUCUCUGUUCUCCCAGGAGAACCCUUUAAUCUGUCAUGUGCCGCAGUGGGGCCUCCUGACCCGGUGGAGGUGCUGUGGUGGGUUGGAGGGGAGCAGGUGGGCGGGCCAGAGCCGUCGCCAUCAACGCUGCAACUGACAGGAGUGAGCAGCAGUGUGAAGUUUUACUGUGAAGCUAAAAACUCUCGGGGUGUUUCUGUGUCCAGGACGGGGACGGUGCACAUCAAAGUUCUUCCAUCAGCUCCUGUGUUUCUGAAGGUGGAAAACCUUGAGGAGAACAACGUCACAGUGUCCUGGACCCCGGGCUUCAGUGGGUACUCCCCACUGACCUCCUGCUCCAUACAGGUCUCUGGUCAGGUCUCUGGUCCAGUCUUGGUCCCGGUCCCUCCUCACAAGAUCUCAGUCUCUGGACUCAGGGCUCACUCGGACUACAGCCUCAGAGUCUCCUGUAGGAACCAACUGGGAUCAUCCCCCAACUCAGACUGGAUCAACUUCACUACACCAGAGUCUGUCCCAAUGGUGGCUCCGAGGAACCUGACCUUUGACCUGUCGGACAGUCACCUGACCCUGCGAUGGGUGGGACUGGAGGAGAGCGAGCUCCAGGGAAAACUACAGGCCUACAAAGUCCAGUGGAGUCUGGGCUCCGAGACUCAGGAGCCGCUCUUGUUUAAAGAGUCCUGGGCGUUCCUCUCUGGACCCGGCCGGUUCCUGAAUGCCUCGGUCCAGGUCUCGGCGUGUACCUCUGUGGGCUGUGGACCCUGGAGCAGACCGGUCCUGAUCCUACCUAAACCAGUGUCCCUGGUGUCUCCUCGUUCUCAUCUGUGGUCUGGGGUGCUGCUUGGGCUCCUGGGUGCCUCUGUUCUGGGUUUGAUGGUGGCGUUUGGGGCCCACAGACGCAGAAAAGACUCACUCUUUGGUUCAGCGUUCAAACCGGUCACUUCAGAGAGUCUGGUGUCCUUCAGUGCAGCCCGAUCCUUCAACAGGACAGAGCGCCCCUCUGAGAUCAACUUGGACAGCCUGGGCAUAAGCAUGGAGCUGAGGGCCAAACUUCAGGAUGUGUUAAUCCCAGAGCGACAGCUGAGUCUGGGCCACGUCCUGGGAAAAGGAGAGUUUGGGUCGGUGCGAGAGGCCGAGCUGAAAACUGAGGAUUCUGUUCAGAAAGUGGCCGUCAAAGUUUUAAAAAAUGACAUUACCACUUCAUGUGACAUGGAGCAGUGUCUGAAGGAGGCGGCGCACAUGAAAGACUUUAACCAUCCCAACGUGAUCCGGCUCAUUGGGGUCAGUCUUCACCGUCGUCCUGGUCAGAAGCUGCCGGUUCCAAUGGUGGUUCUUCCGUUUAUGAAACAUGGAGAUCUGCACACGUUCCUCCUGCUCUCCAGAGUUGGAGAGAACCCUUUUACUCUGGAGCUGCAGACUCUGGUGUGCUUCAUGUUGGAUGUGGCUCGAGGAAUGGAAUAUCUGAGCAACAAGAACAUCAUCCACAGAGACCUGGCAGCACGCAACUGCAUGUUGGGGGAGGACCUGGCUGUGUGCGUGGCAGACUUUGGCUUGUCUAAGAGGAUCUACAGUGGGGACUAUUACCGCCAGGGCUCCGUCUCCAAACUCCCAGUGAAGUGGAUUGCCCUGGAGAGCCUGAGCGACAAUGUAUAUACCAGCCAGAGUGACGUGUGGGCCUUUGGAGUGACCAUGUGGGAGGUCAUGACUCGGGGACAGACUCCAUAUCCAGGCGUCGAAAACUCUGAGAUCUAUGAAUAUUUAAUCAAAGGAGAAAGACUCAAGAGGCCCCCAGACUGUAGACCUGACAUUUAUGAGGUGAUGCACAGCUGCUGGAGCCCGGUGCCCAGGUGCAGACCCAGUUUCUCAGCUCUCGUGUCUCAGCUUCAGACUCUGCUCUUAGGCCUGGAGUCAAACCCCCAACCCCCCAUCUCUCCUCUGCUCUACGUGAACCUGCAGGGCGAGGGGGCGGGGCAUCAGGAUGAGAGGGCAGAGUCACAGCACACUUGGACUCAGCACCAUGACUGGAUCUCAGAGGGAUCAGGAGCUGCACUGGCCAUUGGAGGAGACUACAGGUACAUUAUGAGUCCAUGUGGUGAGGAGGAGCAGGACGAAGAGGAGGACACAGUCAUCAACGUCUGACCUCCUCAUCUGUCUCACCUGUUACUACCCUGUCACUUACCUGUCUCACCCGUUACUCACCUAUCCCGUCUGUCACUCACUUGGAGCACAGAACCAGGUGUGGAGAACUCUGUGGAACCGGGACCAAGUGAAGCUACUGUGCUAACCACUCUGCCACUGACCUCUGAUCCUCUCCUCCUCUGACCCUCUGUUCCUCUGGCCCUCUCCUCCUCUGACCCUCUGCUCCUCAGAUCCUCUCCUCUGAUCUGAUCCUCUGAUCCUCUGACCCUCUGCUCCUCUGCUGCUCUGACUGUCUGCUCCUCAGACCCUCCCCUCCAGUGAUCUUCUCCUCUGGCCCUCUCAUUCUCUGACCCCUGCCUCUUCUGAUCCUCGCCUCCUCCUACCCUGUCCUCCUUUGACCAUCUCCUCUGUUAGUUUUACGCUAACCCUGUUUUAUUGAAGUUUUAUUCAAAAGUGCAAUUUACUGAGCAAACUGUUAACCCACCUGGUUUAGACCUGGUUCUGUCCUGGUUUAGAUCUGGUUAAGUCCUGGUGUAGACCUGGUUUAGUCCUGAUUCAGUCCUGGUUCAGUCCUGGUUUACACCGGGUUUACACCGGGUUUACACCGGGUUUACACCGGGUUUACACCUGGUUCAGUCUGGGUUCAGUCCUGUUUUCUUAUGACUUUGUAAAGAUGUAAGUUAUUGUGUAGUUUAAAUGACAGUUGUAAAAUGAUGUGUCAAUAAUAAAUGUAUUUGU